UUCAUAAAAGUUUAUUUUUAAAGAAUAAUAAGUAUUAAUUAUUACCUAAUAUUUCUCCCUGCUGGCUUGCACCAUGAAAAAAUAUCCAAUAAACUCAAAUAUUAUUGAUUUAGUUUGUAUCGUUUCAUCUUGAGCAAUAUGAAAUUUGAUACAAUUUCUAAUUCUUCUGUUGUAACAAAAUGAGUCAACAUAAAUUUUGGAACGGUAUAACGUCCCUGAAUGUAUCUUUCACUCCAACUGCUCCGGAAAAAGUUUUCAAACUAUGCAGUUUAGAAAAAGAUUUUCUUGCUCUAGCCAAUGAUCAUAGCAUAUUUUACUGUUCUAUUGAAGAUAAUAGCCUUCACUGUAAGAAAAUUAAUGGUAUUAUUGCAAUUGACAUAUCUUAUCACAAUGAUAUUCUUUAUGUUAUUGAUAUUCAUGGAAGGCUUUACAAAACUACUCCUACCUUCAAAUGUAAAGAUGAAAUUAUUGUUAAAGAAGAGUCAAAGUGUUGUCCUCAUGGAUUCAAAAGCAAUAGUACCAAAGUAAAAUUCAGAAAUGUUGUGACAAGUGAUUUUGGGCAGUUAUUUAUUAGUACUGAGGGACAAUUGUGGGGUUCAGGUGAUAUGCCACAAAUUGGUUUAGAUAAUCAAGAAAUAAAAAAGAUUCCUUUUUUUGAGGGAAGAACUGUUUACAGUGCAUCUAUAGGUCAGAAUUUUGCAGCUGUAAUUGCAAGAAAGAAUGUAAAGGAAUAUGGUGACUGUGACACAGACAGUGAUAAUGAUGAUGAAGAGGUGUUUGCUUCGAACUGUUCUCAAUGUCAGUCUAUAAUUGGCCUUGCAUCACCAGCAUCUAUGCCCUCAUUAUCAGAGACAUGUCCAUUAGGAGUACAUAUAAGUAAGUCAAGCGAGGAUUCAAGUAGCACUACGGCCCCACAGACUGAUGUCCAAGUAGAUGCUCAAAGUAUCACUGAAGAUUCAAGUCCUACUUCAGAAGAAUCCAAAGUAGAGAAACCAAUUUCUCCUCUAAUUGAAAAUUCUGUUGGGGCUAAUAAUAUACAAAUAAGUGAUAUCCAAGAUAAUACUGAUAAGGUAGGAGGGAGUCAAACUCCUCAAGGGAGUACAGAGAAAUUAAAUAACAUAUUUAUAAAUACAGAUGCAGCUCGGCAAUUCCUAAGUAGACAGUUGUCUUGGGUAUCAGCAGGAGAAGACUAUCUCGUAGAAUACACUGAGAAACCAACAAGAAUCAUAAAGGAGAAUGUAACUAACAUUACUAACUUUGUUUAUGAGGGAGUUAAAACUGUUGGAGAUAAGGUAGCUACUUUGUCAAGGCAUGUCAGUGGAAGUAGUGAUAAUAAUGAGGCUACUGAAUUUUUAAAUCAAAACUAUAAUGAAGAAAUUGGUAUGCUAUGGCAUAGCUGUACAUCCACAAAAUUUGAAGAUAUACAGUUUUCAACAAGCACUGUUAGCAGUGAAAAAGAAUUUGAAGUAACUAAAAAGUGUGAGAACCUUAAAAAUAUGUCCAAGCUAGGAAAAAAUAUUUUGGCUACAGAAUUAUGGACCUGGGGAGAUAUAACACAUGGACAGUUAGGUAUUGGUGACACUGUAAAGCGAGUUAAACCUAUGGUUGUAAUGAGUCUUUCCGGUUUUGGACUCCAAAAAGUUUCCUGUGGGAAAUGGCACUGUGGUGCCUUAACUUUAGAUGGAAGGUUAUUUGUUUGGGGCUAUAACAAUUAUAAACAAGUAAGUUUAGACACAAGAGAUGAUAGGAGUAGCCCCAAACAAUUUUCCGAAAAUUCUGAGAGUGAUCGCAUCAGAGAUAUGAUAGCAACUGAUAACCAUACAUUAGCAUACACUCAUAAUGAAAAUAUAUAUUACAUGGGAAAACAUGAUGAUGGGUUUACAGAAAAUAUUGUUAAUUUGAAUGAAAGAUGUGAACAAGAGAGCAACCAAAACAAAAAUUCUGAAACUGUUAAUAUAAAGGAGGCUCAGAAAUUAAAACAUAGUCAGAAUAUGUGCUACCAUUGGAGAAUACUAUCUAGUGGUUCUAUUAGCUAUUCUUCAGUAGGACAAUCAUUUUCUAGUCUAGAAUUUCAGAAUCUUUCAAUUGCUCAAAGAUAUUUGGAAGAAAUGCUUAUUAUAAAUCAUUCAUUAGUAAAGCCAUUUCUUAAGAAAAGCAAAGCAAUUACCUCUCAUUCAAAUAUUUAUGAAGCAGUGUGUGAUAUAUUUAGUGACAUAUUAAAUAUUACUGCCCUAAAUGUACUUUCCACAUGGCAGUAUGCCGAGAAACAUAUAAGUGAAUGUGAUAUAUUAUUGAUAAAAAAUUUAGAUGAGUUUAUAUAUUUAUACAAGAAGUAUUAUAUAGCUUUAAGCAAUUUGAUUGUAAUUGGGGGUUUUGCUCAAAUCAAUAAUGUUUAUGAUAUCUCCAAUAAUGUAUAUAAUUUGUUUAAUGAUCAACUUCCUUCAAAUAAACAAAAAAAUAAGAAAACUCAAGAAGCAGUAAUAGCUUUAGCAUUUAUACAACCUUUGAUAAGGUUGAGUUCUUACAAGUGCAUUGCACAAUCAUUGUUGCGAAAUAAAUCUAAUAAUAAGAAAGCUGAUUCGAAAUCAAAUAUAGAAGAAAAAAUAGCUAAGGUUGUUACGGCAUUAGACAUAUUAAUAGAUGAACAAGACAAAAAAAGAAAGGAUGCAGAUGUUACAAAAUUAUUUUGGGAAACAGUUGGCAAAAGCUUAGAGCAACACAGAACACCUGAAAGGAGAUUAAUACGGGAAUCGAAAUCCAAACAACUGAAUGUUGUAAACCCUGGGCGCUUUUCAUCACAUUGGUUUAUAUUGUUUAAUAAUCUAUUUAUUCAUGUCAAUGGCAGCAGUACAAAUAUUCAUCCAUUAGAAACGGUUUGGGUGGAGGCAGCACCUAAUUCUGACUCUGCUCAAAAUAUUAUCCAGCUUACUACACCUGAAGAAAUUUUAUACCUUACAGCUUGUUCUGAGCAAGGUAAAUCUGAAUGGAUACAUGCCAUCACCACAGCAAUCAAAUCAGUACUAAAAAAAGACUCUGCAUUUAAAGCUCCCAGUAUUCGGACAGCUUCAUACACAUUUUCUAGUAAAAGUGCAUUUUACAAAGAUGCAACAUAUAUUGGAAGAUGGCUUGAUGGAAAAGUUCAUGGCAACGGUAGAGUUGAUUGGCCAGAUGGAAGAGUAUAUGUAGGACAGUUUCAAAUCAACACACUAUGUGGACAUGGAAAAAUGGAUAUUCCUGGUGUAGGAUGUUACGAAGGGCAGUGGAAAGAUAACCUUCAAAAUGGAUACGGGAUCAUGAAAUAUGCAGCCGGAGACAUAUAUGAAGGAUACUUUAAAGAUGGGCAUCCUCAUGGUCACGGAAUCAAAAGACAAGGUGAUUUUACAUCAUUAUCAGCAACAAUAUAUACUGGUGAAUGGAUAGCUGGUGUUAAACAAGGCUAUGGAGUCAUGGAUUAUAUUGGCAAAGGGGAGAAGUAUUUAGGAAACUGGAGUGAUAACAAAAAACACGGUUGUGGUCUUAUUGUGACCCUCGACGGUAUUUACUACGAAGGAUUGUUUACACAAGAUAUUUUAACGGGUCAUGGAGUAAUGGUGUUUGAAGAUGGAACCCACUAUGAGGGGGAAUUUCGUGCGGCGGGAAUAUUUUCAGGGAAAGGUGUUCUUACUUUCUCAAGUGGUGACCGUAUUGAAGGAUCUUUGAAUGGUGCUUGGACUGAAGGUGUUAAAAUAACUAAUGGUGUUAUGCAUAUGAAUGUGUCUAAUCCUGCGCUACCAGCCAACUCAAAGCCAAAUUCUUUUGGAAAGCUCAGUGUAGCACCAAACCAGAAAUGGAAUGCAUUGUUUCGACAAUGUUUUCACAGUUUGGGGGUGCCAGAAACAAUACUAACACCAACAGGCAAUCAUUUUGCGAAUGGGCCUAACCCAACAGUUGACAAUGUUAAAAUAUGGCAGAAAGUAGCAGUUGCGAUUUCAUGUUCGCAAAAGGAGAAACAUGUUAAAAGUCCAAUAAAAUCAUCGAGCAAUUCGGACAUUGAGAAAUCUGUGGAUUGCCUGGAAGUGAUACCUACUUUUGGUCAGAAGAUACUGAAUCUUAAUGGCUACAUGGAAUUGAAGCAGUAUGUAUACAAUGCCUGUGAAUCCUCACACCACCCACUCGGGCAGCUAGUGUUGGGUCUCACCAACGCGUUCAACACCACCUACGGCGGCGUGCGAGUCCAUCCCUUGCUACUGAGCCAUGCGGUCAAGGAGCUGAAGAGCAUCACUUCACGGCUGUAUCAGGUGGUGAGGCUCCUGUUCCCAGCGCUGCCUCCAGAAGGUUCUGACGUGGUGCUACCAUAUAAGGGAGGAGACGAGAACAGCGAUGGCAGUGACAACAGCAAUCCUAUAGAAGGCGAGGUGGUGUCGGCUUCCUCGCUGUUGCAGCCGGCACUGCUGCCCCGCGUGCACCCCGCUCUGUUCGUUCUCUACGCGCUCCACAACAAGGCCGAGGACGACACUUACUGGCGCCGCCUGCUCAAAUGGAACCGGCAGCCUGACGCCACCCUCAUGCCGCUCCUUGGAAUCGACCAAAAAUUCUGGCCGACGAGCACAUUAUCGCCAACGCAUCCACCGAAGGAGCAAAAGUUCCAGGAAGCUGUGGAGACGCUGCAGCAACUAAAAACAACCUUCUCGCCAAUAGAGAAGCUGCUCGUAAUUAGGAGUACCUUCCAGAAAAUGACUGACGCUGUGCAACAUGAAUUGGGCGCCCAGUAUCUCUGGAGCAUGGAUGAGUUGUUCCCGGUAUUUCACUUCGUGGUAGUGCGUGCGCGAAUCCUGCAGCUGGGCUCCGAGAUACACUUCGUCGAGGACUUCCUGGAGCCCGCUAUGCAGCAUGGUGAACUGGGUCUUAUGUUCACAACACUUAAGGCGUGCUACUUCCAAAUACUGCAAGAGAAAAUGUCUAUCAACGCGCUAUGAGGCUUGAAGAAGAUAUCUUUUUUAGACAUUGUUGCGAGAUUUUGAACAAUAUAUAUGUAGUCAGUUAAGAUCGUAUUAAUAGGAGUAAUGUAAAAUUUUAUCGUACAUUCCACACAAACGAGCAUUCCUUAUACCUGUUUCUAGAUUAAAAAUAUUUUAAUAUAUGAGUAUGUAUACUUUUAUGUUUCUUUAAAAUUUUAUUUAUGUAGAUGAUGUAAUGUUGUCUUUAAAAACUUGAAAAUUAUUUUUAAAUUAUCGGUGUGCAUUCAAUGGUGAUGUGAUGCAUUAUGCAUCCGUAACGUUAGCUUUGGACUUGCUAUUAAACCUUGUAUUUAUCUUAAGGUCAUGAAAGUAUUAUCUAUUAUUUUGAGGGUACAUUAAAAACAUGGAACCAUUACGGAAUAUAAAUUACUAAUGAUGUUGUCUGCUCCUUAUUCAAUUUAGUGUAGUUUUAUAAAAUAAGAAAAGUUAUUUAUUAUAUUAACUGUGCUAAAGAACAAUUGUGGCGCUAAUCAUAAUUGCAGAAUAUUGUAUUAAAUAAAACAAUGCUUAGAAGUCUUGAAUGUUUUGUUGCAAAAUGUUGUGUGUUAGUUGAUGUAGGAUUAAUAGGGUUUGUAAGUCUUAAUAGGGUUCCGUAAUAAAGGUAAAUGCUUAUUGCGUCCUACUACUACUUGAUUAAUAUAUUUUCUAGUUUAAUAUUGCAACUCUUAAAUUCUUUUCAUAUUUUACAAAGAUCUAUAAAAUGUGUUGUAUUAAGGGAUAUAUUUUUGGUUAUUGAAAAAUAUAAUUUAUAAAAUUUCUGCUUUAAAAUGAUUGCACUAUAUUACUAUCCAUUAUUUGACGCUUCUUUGUGCUAUUAUUUAUAUAUUUAUGAUUCCUUACGGCUAACGAAAUGUAGAGAGUAUAUAAAAAUAAAACAGAAUAGAUACGCCAAUUAAAAUGAAUACUAAUAAUAGAUUUAAGAAGAAAUCGUAAAUAUAAUAUUUCAGCAUUGUUCGUUGGUAAAAAAGAUAAUCGCUUGUUCGUAAUCCAAUUUUGCAUUUGUAAUUUAGAGGAGGCCAAAGUGGGUGCUUUCAUUAUCUGGACUGUGUGCUACGGUUUUUUAUCAUUACGACUAAGGAUUUUGGAGACAAAUUGGGAAUUAAUUUCUUUGAAGCCAUUUUUAUAUAAACUGUUUCGAUUCGUGUCAUCAUGAUGGUCACCUUAUUUAAUCUGAGAUUUAAAAAUCAAUUGAGCGUUAGGUAUAAAUCCCAUCUGAUCGCCUGAAUUUACAAUUAUCGACCGUGUCCAAGCAGAUUAACUUUUUAGAACUCCGUCCUUUGCCACCCCUAGUGUGUACAUACACAAUGCAAUGUGGUGGCGUUGCCGUGUACACCGAGCACUAAGGUUUUGACUAAUUUCAAAGUGUAGUUUGUCAAUGCUAUGUUAAACAAUUAAAACGUUUCCUGACAUGUUAUGGAGCCCUCGACGCAAUAGACUUCUUUAAGAAAAAAAGUAAAAAUAGAUGGUAUUUAAAAAGUAUCAAAAAGAGGAUCAUUUUCCUCAAGUUGGUUUAGGCAAAUUGUAAUAUUAUAAAAUUAAACAUGCCAAAUAUUGAAGUCAUUCAUAAUAUUAGUAUUAAUAAUUUUUAUCUACACCCAUCCUUUAAAACCUCUAGUAAAGAUUCUGAAACAGUUAGCUUAUUGCCAUCAUUAAAACACCCAAUGUCCUAAUAACCAUAACAUCAUCCAAACGAGUGUUGUAUGUUGUACUGAAUUUCAUAACAACACUCCUUUGUUUUUUUUUCGAUCCCUUCAUGCGCAAAGAGUUUCAACAGACAGCCAAAUUCUUAUUAAUAAUUGCACUAUCCAAAAUGUAAAUUACUACCAUAAAUAAAUAUUUUUUUCAUUAAUACUUAGUUUAUUUGAAUAUAAUCAGUAAUGGAUGAUAUCAGGUUACUACUAGGACUGGCUGUUUUAAUGUUAGCAGUAAGCUAACUGUUUCAGAAUCUUUUAGAGGAUUCAUAUUCUAGGUGUAGAUAGUAUUGUAUGCAACUGUUGAUAAUUAGGUAUUAAAACACUCAUGUGAUUCACAUUAGUGUUUUAAUACCCCUUAUUACACAACAGUUGCAUAAAUAACUAUAAAAGUUUAGUUUUAAGAGCUUUAAUUAUUUUUAAAUAUACGUGUUUUAUAAGUCGAGAUGCCAUUCAAUUUUUUGUUAUUUAACUUCUUUAUUUUUGUUAUGCUUGUAAUUAAUGUUAUCCCGUUAUAUUUUAAAUUGUUAAUAAGUUAAUUGAAUAAAGUUUAAGUACAAAUGAUCGGUUUCUCUGUAACAUUAAAGCGAAUUAUUUUAUCAAAUAUGACUAUACAGGUGUAUACAACAUGUAAGUAGUUGAUUGAAGUUGUGUGUGUUUCAACUAAUAGCGUUUCUUCAUAUUCGUUAAAAAAAUAAAUAAAAUAACAUUACUCAAAUAUACUAUAAAUAUAUUAAAUUCCUUAAAACAUGUUUGAUUUAUAUUUUUCAAUAUUAUGUAUGAAAAUAUAAUAUUUUGUGGUUUUAUUGGUUGCUCUUAUUUAAAUGCAUCCUGUAUAGUCCAAUUAAUAAUAAGUUGUAAAAUAGGUGGAGAAAUUGAUGUAUAACAAUAUAUUUUUAUUAUUUAUGAAACUGUUUUAGUGACAAAGUGUAAUUUAAUAAAAAAAAUCAUAUCAUUAGGUAUUUAUUGUGAGCAUGCUUACGUAAAUGUGAGAUUUUUAAAAUAAAUAAUUCGUUAAAGAUUU